CUUCUGCUUUCCUGCACAGUGUACAAGCGCCAGGGGGCGGUGACCACCGCUCGGCCGCCCCGCCCCCAGGCGCGCAGUCGUUGGUGCGCCGUGCUGCGCACUGUGUGACUCGCUUGCCUUCGGGAAGGAAGCCGGAGCGGCUCGGUAUGGCGGCCGUUUUGGAGCCGCGGGUGCUGGUGGAGCUGGUCCAGGCGAUCUACGAGGAGCCCUUUGUGACCAGGCCACCCUCUGUGUUGGGGCCCUACUGUGCUGUGCCCAAGCAAACACCCAGAGGUCAGUUGCCUGAGGGCAGCAGUGCGAUUCAGACAAUGGAGAAUCCUCUCCUGUCUCUGAAAAGUGUUCUAGCUACCUGGCUGAGCCCCAGCUCCACCUCCUGGGUGACUGACACCAUCAUCAUCCUGUGUGGACUGGGGCCUCUCCUUCUGUCACUCCCCUUCUUCCCAAGUGAUCCAUCCUCACCACCACCUAGAAACAUCAGGAAGCAUCACCCGGAGCCCAGGGAGAAGAACAGGAGGAGGAAGAGAGGCGCAGCUCUGAGACGUGAGCGCCUGCCAGCUGGCCAUGCCAACCCUGGAGGCAGCUUCCCUCGCUCCCGCCCAAGGGCCCAGCUCCAUGACACCCCUGAGGAUGCCAGCGGCAGGGCCUGUCCCUCAGGAUUGGGAGCCUGUGGGGAGGCUGCUGGGCAGGAGAUCCGAGCCUGGAUGCUCCCCAGAGUCUGUGCUGGAACAAAGCUGAGAGGGGCUGGAAGUGGGUGUCACCCAGCACGGACUGGGUGGGCUGGAGUGGACCAAGAGUGCCUGGAUCGGGAGGGGUGACUCCAGGUCCACAUGGGGACAAUGUGGUAAACUUUCCUCAGGGUGGCUGUGAGGGCCACAGUGGGUAAUGGAUGUAGAAGCCUCUUGAAAAUAC